AUACUUUUGAAAAACCCAUACAAAAAAUAUCACUCUCUUAAAUUUUGUAAAAGUCAAAAUGAAAACAUGUUUAUAGGACACAGGAACUACUUGCUAGUUGCUUUGUAUAUUAAAAGUGUAAUGGACUAAAUAUCACAAGCCACCGGUGAGGAGGACAAAGAUCAUGUAGGUGCAUGCAUGGUCUACCUCUUCAUCCACUCCCGCCUACAAUAAUUAGUUUCUCGUAUCUCUGCAUCAGGGUCUCAACGGUACACCACUUCACGUGACUAAAUUAAACCAUCUCAACCUUGUCAUUCCCACCCGUUACUGGACCACCGGCCUCAUCUCUUCUGCGUACAGUUGACGAAUGUGCAAUGAGCCUUCUUAAUGGCCCAACACCCCGCUCUAUAAAGCUUAGACAUUGUUAUCACUAAUUGAUAGAGAAUUCCUUUUAUCCUUGUAAAUUUAUAUCUCAUAUGACUAAAUUCAUACCAUUUAUGAUAUAUAAACAAGUUUGCCUUUAGGUAUGUUCACAUGCAUCUCAUCUUUUUAAUAUUUUUUUUUUGAAUAAAUUUUUCUAUUUUAGCAAAAAAUUGUGAAUAUAGCUAAAAUUAAGAUGGAUUUAGCAACAUUCUAAAAAGAUAUGCAAACAAAGACAAAAGUCACAAAACUUGCCUAAAACGUUAACAAAUGGGCCAAGGUACUAAAAGCCCAAAAAUCAACCAGCCGGUUCCCCGAAAUCGAUCAUUACGAUUUACGAAGCUCGUACCCGUUAAGGAUGCGCCGUCGUCAACCUAGCCCGUCGUACGGUAGGGUUUCGAAUCAGGAUUGACGAUCGCUCGCUCGCUCGCUCGCCCUGCUUCACCAUCUUCUUCGGAAAAGGGACAGAGCUGUUGAGUGGUUAUUCAUUGCAAAAUGAAGCCUAUCUUUUGUGGAAACCUGGAUUUUGAUGCUCGAGAGUCAGAUGUGGAACGGCUAUUUCGAAAAUAUGGAAGGGUUGAAAGAGUUGAUUUGAAGUCGGGGAAUCAUUCCGAUCUGCUAUGCUCCUACCAUCACACACUUUCCUCAGACCACCGCCCCUAGCAUUCUUCAUGAAUUUGCUCAAUCAUGUCAAUUUCUGACUUGUUUCAGCAUAAAUAGCUUGAGCAUCUUGGAUCCUGUUGCAGCUCUUGAGUUAAUCCAGAAAUUUCAUUUUCCUCUUCUCCUCUCCACCCUCCGAUCAUUGAGAGUUUUAGGGGUUUUGCGUUUAUCUAUAUGGAAGAUGAACGCGAUGCUGAAGAUGCAAUCAGAAGACUUGACAGGAUUGAGUUUGGUAGAAAGCGGCGAAGACUAAGUGUGGAGUGGAGCAAGCAAGAACGUGGUUCCAGGAAGCCUGACAGGAAUGAAAGGAGAUCAUCAGCUCGACCUUCAAAAACAUUGUUUGUGAUCAACUUUGACCCUGCCACACGGACUAGGGACCUAGAGAGGCAUUUUGAACCAUAUGGGAAGCUACUGAAUGUCAGGAUUAGGAGGAAUUUUGCUUUUAUUCAAUAUGAAUCUGAAGAUGAUGCCAUUAGGGCGCUGGAGGCGACACAUUUGAGCACAUUAAUGGACCAAGAAAUAUCGGUGGAAUUUGCAAUUCGAGAUGAUGAUAACAGAAGAAAUGGUUACAGUCCAGAUAGAAGAGGGCAUGACUUCUCCCCUGACAGAAGAGGAUAUGAUCGCAGACGUUCCCCAAGUCCAUAUCGUAGGGACAGGGGUAGCCCUGAUUAUGGACAAGGAUCUAUUCCAAAUUCCAGGAAACCAAUCCCACCACCCAGGGAAAGUCCUGAGGCUGGAGAGUUGCAGCAAAGCCCUGGGAACGACAGAUACCGCAGCCGUUCGCGUGAGAGAUCUCGGACAUGAGAAGAAGGAACAUGCGUGUGAUGGGGUCCGCAUUCGGUGAGGAGAAGCAUUCUCUUGACUUUAUCUCCUCUAACGCUCACAGUGUCCGUCUUCAAGUUGUAAUUUUCCUUGAUCAUUACCCAUAUUGAACUUCAAAUUUUAUUCUGGUGAAGAUAUCGCAUGCUGUGUUGUAGUUGCAUUUCUCCAUUGAAUUUGAAAAUUCAUCGAAUCCCCUCAAACUUUUGAUAUUCCAACUGUUGUCGUCUAGCUCUACCGUUCUAGUAGGCCUAUGUUGGUUUAUAUGUGUACCGUAACCCUCCUCUUGACGUUUAAACACUUGAGUUUUCUUUUUGUCUUCUAUUAUGAAUUUGUAUUGUAGUCCUUUUUUAAGCCAUAUUCCAAGUGGCUCAAAAAAAUUCCGAGUUAAAAAAUAAAAGUUACAUAUUAAAAUACUACAUCAAAAGAUCUAUAAAACUAGUAGUGACAAUAGUACUUUAUUUUAUCAAAACAACAACAACAACCCAGUUAAAUCCCACAAGAGUAGGGUCUGGGGAGGGUGUGUGUACGCAGACCUUGCCCCUACUCGAAAGUAGAGAGGCUGUUUCCAAAGAGACCCCCGGCUCAACGUCGAAAGUUGCAUUGCUUGACUAACUGCUACUUCAUUAAUUAAAGAAGCACAGACAGU